UCAAUCUCGAGACAGUCAAGACCAAUCUCUCUCUCCUCAUUUCAUACUCUUCACAAAAGAACAACUGCAACUUCGCUCACUUUUUUCUCCAUCCGCGAGUUUUACUAACGAGCUAAUUCACUGUACUCCAGCCUACCUUACAGCAUAGACUGCAGCACUUAAGAUGAGGCUCUGUGCCACAUUGCUCUUGUCAAUUCUUCUCUCUUCAUCUUGUAUCCUUGCCUCCAGCAUAGGAAGGGCCCAUACUAGCUCCAAUGAGAUACCAAGUACUAAUAGAACUAUUAAAAUUGCAAAGAGAUCAGCAGAAGCAACAGGUUGUACAACCAGUUCUGGUAUACAUAUUCCUCCUAGUUCAUCAGAGUAUCCUCAUCUCUCCCUCUCUCCUUCUCCUUUCUCUCCUCCAAUUGAUUCCAUGGACAUCUGCUUCGUCAUAUCAAACUCAAGAACAAUGCCUCAGCGAUGGAUUCAGAUACUAGCAGAGAAAAUCGACAACCACCUCAAGGCAGAAGGAAUCGGCUCCAAUGCAACCAAUCGGAAUCGUUUUAGCAUUGUCCAGUUUGGUGGGCGUGGCCUCGAUAUUCAACCACGGUUGCUAUGGAACUCUUCAUUUUUUAUUUCCGAUAUAGUCCAGGCUCGGAGAGAAGUCAAGAAAAAUGGGUUCAUAGGAGACGGCUUUGAUGCUCUUAAAUUUGCAUUAGAUAAUGCUCCUUUUCGAAAUUCCCCUUCAGUAAAGAAAGCAUUCAUACUUGGGGCUGACACUGGGCGAACCGUACUAGCUCAAAACCACGACCUCACGCUUCCUCUUCUGAGCGAUCUGAUUGGUCGGAGUGGUGCCUCAUUAGACGUCGUGACAAACUUCUCGCUGUAUCCUAGCAACCAGAGCGUGAUCCCUCUUGGAUUCUAUAAUUAUUCGUACACCGUUUUCAAUGCUAGUGAUCGUGGUUACAAAAUCCUAAAAGCCCCCGUCAAAAUCACAUCAUCUCAUGGAAAUACGCUUUCGUCUUACAUCGAUUUAUCGCUUAGCAUUGGGGGCGGGGUUUGGUCGCUAGAUGCUGCCAAGGACGCUAAUGUUAAUCUCGUGUCAAGUCUUGCCUCGGCCGUUUUUAGUGGGUGGAGCUUAAGGGAUAAGAGGGAGUGUCUGGAGUGUAGUUGCAUUAAUGGGACUGGCCAAUGUAAGAGAGCAAGGAACCAAAGGAUGUGUAGGAACUGCAUUAAUAAUAACGAUAAGAAGUGUUUGUCCAAUGACCAAAGUUUGGCAGUCCUUAAUGCUACAGCUACUGUAGUCUAUCCUGAUCAACAUGACAAUUACGUUAAUAUUACCCUAUCAAGCAACACGGACUUGUCUUAUAGGUAUCUUCACUUCAAUUCAAGCAACCACAUCCUUCAAUACACUCUUAGUCCACUCUUACUCCACAAUCUAUCUCAGGGGAUCCAUACUGUGAUGAUAAUUGGAAGGACAUCGAGUGGAGUAGAAACAGCAAAGCUAGUUCAAUUUGAAAUUACAGAAGUUCCGUUCAGGAUCCAGUUCCUCCCCAGUACUGUUGAUCAAUAUGGUACACUUAUUAUUCCAUUCAGACCUUCCUGGGUUAUGAAUGUAACCUGUUCUUGUAGAUGGUCCCCCGAGAUUACAAGAGAAAGAUGUUUCAAUGAGUAUCGUGCUGAUCCUAAUGUCAUUGGUAAUGGUAGCCACACCCUCAAUGUCAAAUGCUAUCAUCAACCAAAAAGUUUAUCAAUUACUGAGGAGUACGACUUCUUUUUAGAAUCAGCUCCAGAAAUACCUUCAACUGUUCUUCAUUGUAAUCUAAACUUAUCUCAAGGCAGUGCUCCAUACACUGUUGCUGUUAGUAUUGAUUGCAAUAGAGAAGCUACCACUAACUGUUCAAUAGCCAACCUACCAUCUCACCAAUGUAAUGGUUCAUAUACAUUCAGUACCUCAGCACUCUCUCCUGGUUAUUAUACAUUCAGAUUAGAGGCUCAUGAUCAAUAUGGCUACACAUACUCCAUUGUAUCAGUAUUCACUGUUCAACCAAUUGAUAGAAUAUGUUGUCCUGUGAUAUUAAGGGGCAAUGCAAGCCUAUCAAACUCUACCAGUGCAUCUAGCACCAGCACUCAAUCAUCAUCUAAUGGAGUUAGAACGGUGAGAUUCAGUACUGAUAUCAGCACUGGGAACUGUUCAUUAACGGAAGGAUUUAGUUAUACUAUGUCAUGGAGUUCCCAGACAGUUCAGUCAGGAUCAGUCCCUCUGCACCACACAUCAAUGAACUUCUCAAUGCCAUUCACUGGCAGAGGAACCCACACAAUCUCAUUUAGUUAUUGUAACAAUCCGACCACACGAUCAAACGUUUGCUGCGAUACGCUCUCUCUCUCUCUCUCCUAAUCUUUCUGAUCAUGUUCACUUAUGUGGGCGUGUUUUUGUACGAUAUUACAUCAUAAUGACGUCAUGAGAAUUAUCAUUAAUUUCAUCACUUCCCUCUUUAUUAAUUUAACGAAUUUUAUUGAAAUA